GACAUUUUUUAAUGAAGAAACAUCAGAGCUGCUAAAUACACUGGGACACAGGCAAUCCUAGUCACCAAGGAUGGCUUCCUCUUGGAAACUUAUUCUGUUUCUGUCAGUCACUGGGUGUCUUUCAGAAUAUUCUGGAGCUCUUCUUGGCCUCCCUACUUCAUACGCUGCUUUGCAAAGAAUUAAGAAGAGUUCCUUUUCAUCCCUGUAUGGUUCAAGGACUAGACCACGAUACAGCAGCCCUUCAUUAGGAACGCUGAGUGUUUCUUCACCAAGCUGGCGAGGGGCAGCUCAACAUUAUUAUUCCCCCAUCAAUCUUUAUCAUCCCUCAGAUGCCUUCAAACAAGAUGAAAGUGUGGAUUAUGGACCAGUGUUUGUGCAAGAACCAGAUGAUAUAAUUUUCCCGACUGAUUCUGAUGAAAAGAAAGUAGCACUGAAUUGUGAAGCUCGUGGCAACCCAGUUCCCAAUUACAGAUGGCUUCGAAAUGGAACGGAAAUAGAUUUGGAAAGUGAUUAUCGCUACAGUUUAAUAGACGGGGCCUUUAUUAUAAGCAAUCCAAGUGAAGCAAAGGAUUCUGGUCAUUAUCAGUGUUUGGCAGCCAACACAUUUGGAACUAUUCUUAGUAGAGAAGUCAUACUUCAGUUUGCCUAUCUGGGGAACUUUAGUGGCCGGACGAGAAGCGCGGUGUCCGUUAGGGAAGGCCAAGGGGUCGUCCUCCUGUGCUCACCUCCGCCUCACUCGCCAGAAAUCAUCUAUAGCUGGGUAUUUAAUGAAUUCCCUUCCUUUGUGGCCGAAGACAGCCGGCGGUUCAUUUCCCAGGAGACAGGCAACCUUUAUAUUUCUAAAGUCCAAACGUCUGAUGUUGGCAGCUAUAUUUGUCUGGUGAAAAACACAGUGACGAAUGCUCGAGUACUUAGUCCUCCAACACCACUGACUCUGCGUAAUGAUGGUGUGAUGGGAGAAUAUGAGCCGAAAAUUGAGGUCCAUUUCCCUUUCACAGUUACAGCUGCUAAGGGAACAACUGUUAAGAUGGAGUGCUUUGCACUUGGCAAGUAAGUACACAUACUUCUAUAAUUAGACACAAUUGUUUAUUAAAAUGUGACACGUCUUAUUUUUAUAUCACUUGCUUUGCUAGGUUUUAUUUUCCUUGAAUUAAACCUUGAAGCUCCUUGGUGGCUAUUCAUUUUUUUAAAGAAAGGCAAGUGGGAAUUGACAAAGUAACCAAUUAUAAUUAUCUCUUUGGUCAUUUCUCUGAGCAAUAAUGUAUCUAAUUUUGCUAUUUUAACAUAAAGGAAAUGUAAUAAAAGAAGAGCCUCACAUGUCUUUGCUUAUUUGUCUUAAAAUUUCAGUAUCAUUCUUAAAUUUUACGCAGCAAUGAUGUAAAUAAAAAAGGGAUGAGGUCCUAUCUUCUCCCUAUGUAAAAGAUAUAGAUUCUGACAAGAAAUAAUAAGACAAGAGUAUAAAAAUCAUAAAGAUAAUAAUCACACUGGUCUAACAGAUUACUUUAAUCUCUUCUGGAAUAAUGAUAACAAUAACACCAGCUGUCAAUAUGUACAACAUGCAAUUAUUCCCCAAAUCAAGAAGAUGAUUUAUACCACACUCUAAUGCCUGCUAUGCUUAAUGAUUCUUUUUUGGAGAUUUUAAAUCACACAAUGUAUAAUCACUUGUCAAUGAUGUUUACAAUAAAAAUAUCGGGCAUAAAAA